GCAAAAACGAGGAAAGAAAAAAAGAGAAACAGAGCGAGAAGACUGAUAAAUUUUCAACACCAUCAUCCAGCAGAAAGAAACUGAUUUUGGUUUAACGCGUGAAUCUUUUUAGCGGUGAAAUUUCGGUGAAUUUUGGCCAAAAUUUUCUUUUUUCGAUUCGUAAUUCAUUGAUAGAUGUGUUGUUCGUCAAGAUAAACAUUGACUUCGUUAGUAUAAGCUAGUUUUAGUUACAUAAUUUGGGUUUCCAACACCCAAAGAAAGCGAAAGAGAAAGGCGCUCCGCACUAAAGUCUGCAGACCCCGGUGGAGCAGAAGUAUUUGCUAGAGAAUACUACUAUUGUGUUGUAGUAAUUUUAACGCCGCUGCGUGCUAAAUGGGAAUUUUCUGCAGCUGUUGGACUUUCGGCAAUAGUCUCCGUUUAAAAGUCAACACAAUUUGAAGUUUUCAUUGUUCAUCGUUCGGUGCAGGUAAGGAGCAACCCCACGGACGUAAUUUCCAGGACGAAUAACGCAUUACGAGAAAGACCAAGCGCAGAAACAUGGACAAUGAGGGCAUGUCAAAUGAGCAAACGGAGAAAGUACUGCAAUUUCAGGAUAUCACCGGCCUCGAUGACAUUAACGUGUGUCGGGAUAUCCUAAUCAGGCACCAGUGGGACCUGGAAGUAGCAUUUCAGGAGCAUUUAAACAUCCGCGAGGGGCGCCCGUCGGCGUAUGCAACUGAAUCCCGAGCCCCUCAAGUUGUGAAUGAUCGUUUUCUGCAGCAUGUAUUCUCGGCACAAAGCGGAACGAACCUACCUGUACCGUCCGGUAUCGGCGGUGUAAUUGGAUUUGUUGUCAACUACGUGUUUAACUUCUGCUACAGCACGUUGUCUUCAAUUGUGACCGCCUUUUUGAACCUCUUCAAGGAUCGCGAACGGAUUGUAACCGAUCCCUUAGGUGACGUUUUGAAGUUUAUUCAAAACUACAAUGAAAAAUACCCGGAACAUCCGGUCUUUUACCAGGGCACGUACGCUCAAGCAUUGAACGAUGCCAAACGCGAGCUCAAGUUUUUGCUAGUCUAUCUGCAUUCCGAAUCCAGCACUGAUGCGAACAAUUUUUGUCGAGACACAUUGUCCAACACUCAGGUCGUUGAAUAUGUCAAUCGACGGAUGUUGUUCUGGGCAUGCGACAUAUCAUCUCCGGAAGGUUACCGUGUGUCGCACUCCAUACAUGCUCGAACCUACCCGGUGCUGGUCAUGAUUGCCCUGAGGGCAAACAAAAUGGUUAUCAUGGGUCGAAUGGAAGGCCGGUGCACUGCCGAGGAACUGAUACGGCGCAUGGAAACAGUUGUGAACGAUAAUGAAAUUUGGCUCAAUCAAGCCCGACAGGACAGACUGGAAAGAGAUCUCACACAAACACUGCGUCAGCAGCAGGACGAAGCGUACCAGAUGUCGUUACGUGCAGAUCAGGAAAAACAGCGCUUAAAACAGGAGGAGCGCGAGGCUGCCCAGCGUGUGCAGCAAGCAAUCGAGGCGGAGCGGUUGGCCGAACAGCAAAGAUUAGAGGAUGUCGAGAGGCUCAAGAUGGAUUUGGCUUCACAAGUGCCUUCCGAGCCGGAACCGGGAGCUAGCGAUACAAUCAGCAUAGUUUUCAAACUGCCCAGCGGUUUACGGUUAGAGCGCAGAUUUCACUCGUCCAACACCCUCAAGGACAUUCACAAUUUUAUCUUCUGCCAUCCGGAUGCACCCGAUUCGUUCGAGGUUACCACUAACUUCCCGAAGCGGGUUUUGCAGUGUGGUGCCAACGAAGGUAGCUCGAGCGGGCCACUUCCCACGCUGGUGGACGCAGGUUUGAAGAACCGCGAAGUGCUGUUUGUAGCCGAUCUGGAUGCCUAGGGUGCCUGGCCGCUGGAUGGGAUAACCGAACGAAGUAAGAUGCGAACAGAGAGCGGAUAUGAGACUGGAAACAAGUUGAGUCAAGCGAUAGUGACCGCGGUUUGUUAAGGGGAGAACACAUUCUUUUCAGAAAACGAUCGUACCUUUCCUUUAACAUUCACUUCUAUUUUCUAUGGAAGAAAAUUUAGAUUCGAUAAUCAUGGCAAAAGUAUACAGAUUACAGUCAACAGAAUAACAUAAAAUUCAACACAAAGCUGAGGUCUGACGAGUUGUUGGUCUUCUGUAAUCGUGUUCUAGGUUACUUUUGAAAUUCAAUAGGCAUAAACAGAAAACAUAUUUACGACACAAAUAAAUAAAAUAAAUAUCCAUUUUUAAUUAUUCUAGAAUUUCGAAUUCUGGAAAGAGAUAACAGAUUGAGUCAAACUUUAGGUUCAUUGCAAAACUUUAAUCACAGAAAACACAAAUUUUCGACAUGUUAGUUUCCUUUUUCUUAACUUAUUUAAGACCGAAUAAAACAGAUUGUCUUUAACAA